CGUCUUGGGUAUAUGAGGUGCAACAGUUUUUCGUAGAAGAGCAUACUUAACACCUCGUUUUCUUCUGUUUUUAUUAGUAAUUUAAUUUAUAAUUUUAAAAAGAUAAUUUCCAGAUUGUUGUUCAGAUAUAGUCAAGACGCGAAAAGCAAUCAGUUUUGCGAUUUUCAUAAACUUACGUAACAAAGCAGAAUCGUCGAGAAAUAGUUUAUUUGUUUUUUCUAUAUAACGGCAACAAACGCGACUUAAUAUAUUCGGUCUGCUUUUCAAUUAAUCAGUUUGUUCAUUGCAUAAAUACCAUUAUGAAUAGAUAAUAUUUUUCAAUACUAAAUAAAGCUUUCGCAAAUGCUUAUACACUCAGUUUUCGCAGUGACGCUCCUUGAUCAAGAACAUACAAACGAGACGUUACUGUAUGAGUAUCUCUCUUGACGAUAUUGGUACUUGUCAUACAUUGAUUCACAAUGGUACUUGUUGAAUUAAUCGGGGCUUUCAUCAUUGCCCUGAGCAUUGUGUAUAUUUAUUUUAAAUACGUAAUAUUUCAUUUCUGGCGUAAGAGGGGUGUUUUUUAUCCCAAACCCGUCGUCCCAAUUGGAAAUGUAACAGAGCUCAUAAUGGGAAAAGUGCAAUUAGGUGUUUUUUUCCAUGAUGCCUACUUAAAAUACAAGGGACAUGGAGUAUUUGGAAUGUAUUCAUUUUAUAAGCCCAACUUGGUUAUCGCCGAUCUCGAUCUCAUUCGAACGGUAUUAACAAAAGAAUUCGGAAGUUUCCAUGAUCGAGGAAUGUUCUACAAUGAAAAGAUUGACCCAUUAUCUGGUCACUUGUUCUUUAUGCCUGGAAAGAAAUGGCGAAAUUUGCGCGUUAAGAUGACACCUACUUUUACUUCUGGAAAAAUAAAACAGAUGUUUCCGAUCCUGAAGGACUGUAGCGACGAACUCACAAAGUAUCUGGAAGACAAAGCACUGAUGAGAGAAUCCGUCGAGAUGAAAGAUAUGUUUGCAAGAUAUUUAACGGACGUAAUCAUGUCAACGGCUUUUGGGAUCAAAUCUAAUUGUAUUGAGGAGCCAAAUAACGAGUAUCGAAUUCAAGGAAAAAAAAUUUUUGAGGCAAAUUCAAUCUGGAUCAUUCUAGUUAUGUUCGUACCGCAAAUUAUGGAUUUCUUCUGCAUCCCCCUCACGGACCGACAGGUCACCAACUUUUAUAUGAAUAUGUUUCGAAAAAGUGUUGAAUACAGACAGGCUCAUAACAUCGUCAGACAUGACUUUAUGAAUUUGCUCAUACAACUUAUGGAGAGGGGUUACGUUGAUCCUGAUGACAAGAAGACCGCCAAUACAUCAUCAGCUGUGAAUAAACUUACGCUAGCGGAAGCUACUGCGCAAAGUUACAUUUUCUUCCUAGCUGGCUUUGAGAGCUCCUCAUCAAUAGCGACACAUGCUCUAUACGAGUUAGCUCAAAAUCAAGACAUACAGGAUAAGGUUCGCAAGGAAAUUGAUGAAACGUUGACAAAGCAUGAUGAUUUGACCUACGAUGCUGUGAAUGAAAUGAUAUAUCUUCAUAAAGUGAUAAAUGAGACUAUGAGGAAAUAUCCACCUCUUCCUGUGUUGAAUCGCAUCUGCACGAAGGAAAUAGUCUUACCAACAGCGAAUAUUCAUGUGCCAAAAGGAACAUUAAUAACUAUACCUGUGCUCGGUCUACAUCGAGAUCCGUCCUUAUACCCGGAUCCGGAUAAAUUUGAUCCUGAACGAUUUAACGCGGUCGAAGUAGCAGAAAGACAUCCAUAUGCUUAUUUACCAUUCGGAGAAGGUCCAAGAAAUUGCAUAGGUGCGCGGUUUGGUUACGUGCAAAUGAAAGUCGGACUUGUAAAUCUUCUAUCGAAAUACAAGUUCAAACUUCACUCUCGAACUCCGGUCCCGCUUACGUUCAACGAAAAAUCUGUUACUCUUGCAGCAAAAGAUGGAAUAUACCUCAUUAUUGAACCACGAUAAAAUAAUAACACUUUUGAAUAAAAUAUUUCUUUUCUUCAGUUAUUCGAAAAAUACAGAUUAAUAAAUGUUAUUAGAUACAAAUAGAUUAAUAUGGAGAAUAUAAUGAGCUAAGACUCAUUUAUAUAUUAUAUUUUUCCCUUUUCCCUUAUUUUUCUUAUUGUUUUUGCAUUACUACAUUAAGUUUUAUUGUUAAGCAGGAAUGUAUUAUAAUAAUAAUACGUAUACGUAUAUAAAUCCAUGAGUUUUUCUUUUGUCAUAUAUUAUUUGUCAUAUAUUAUUUCGAAGAGAGGGAGAUAAAAUAAGUGUGGUAUUAUGAUAUCUCAUAAUUCGCAUUGAAUUCGAUUCGACAUCGAUUCCAUUAUCAUUUCUCGAUGAGUUGUAUGUCUAUGUCAGCAACCCAUAGUUAGGCUUUACGUAAUCUAAUUAUGGGCUUUGUGUAUCAUAGGCUGAUGUUUAUAAUUUAAUUAUUUAUUCUAGAUCGUUUUGUGUACAAUAUCGUUUGCUGUGUGGUAAUUUCGUAGAAUAGAUAAAGUCUUAAGACUUUUAGUAGCUAGACUUAAAACUACUUCGAACAUAAGAUAUGAAUAUAUAGGAAUAAACAGCACAUAUAAUCUCACAAAAAAAAGAUUGCUUUUUAUAAAAAAUUUGCAAUUAUCUUUCUGAGCAAUAAAUUCUUAUGAUAAUAAGAUUUAUAAUCGUUUCAGAGCGACAGUUAUUUAUCGAGGCAGUACGUUUCUCAUACUGAAACAAGAAUUAAAAAUUUUUGCUCCAUUAAGAUAUUGAUGAACUUUAUAACUAUUUUUCAUCGAAGAAUUACAAAGUCUAACAAAAUCUUAGACUUUGAAUUCUCCGUCAUUAUAAAAAUAAUUAACUGACAUUGCUUUUAGAUUAAUAAUGCAAAUCCAUUGAAUCAAACUGUGAUAUAUCAACCGUUUAGUAAUAAUACAUGUGUACUCCAUCAAAUUUAUAGUUUUCUUAUAUAAUAUAUUACAUGCAUACGCUACGUUCUAUACACAAUAUUGAAUUUUUAUUACAUAUUUUUAAACAAUUAAUUACUUUAUAACUAAUAAUUGUCCGAUUGAUAAUAUACAA